CUAGUAAAAUACAUUCUUGGCUAAACAGGAGUCUUCCUUGUCUAACGGAUACUUGGUCUCUUGCUUCCCAGCCAGGGCAGGGCAGCAGCCGACAUGAUGACCAGCCAGAAGCACCGGAACAUUGUGGCCGAGCCGAUGGGCGAGAAGCCGGUUGGCACUUUAGCGGGGAUUGGAGAUGUCCUUGGCAAGAAGCUGGAAGACAAAGGGUUUGACAAGGCCUACGUAGUGCUGGGCCAGUUCUUAGUGCUGAAGAAGGACGAAGACCUCUUCCGCGAAUGGCUGAAGGACACGUGCGGAGCCAACGCCAAACAAUCCAGAGACUGCUACGGGUGCCUGCGCGAGUGGUGCGAUGCCUUCUUGUGAGGGCUGCGGGUCGAAGCCAGGUGGGGCUCUGAGGGCUUCUGUAGGUAGCUGGCAGCUGACCCCUCCCCGGUCCUCCUCCGCAGAAACGCCCUCUCGGCUUUGCAGCCUGCACGAGGCUCCUUCCCGGAUUUCCCUCCGAAUCCUAGACAAAAAUGAUUGCGCCUUUUUAAUGUCCCUCAACUUCUGCCCUCCGAAGAGGGAGUUCGGAAGGGUACCGUGUUCCAGUCUUGACCCCUGACCGGUUUCCCCCCUUUUGUAGCGUUCUCUGUUGGAUCCUUCCUUAACUCUUCCCGUGCUGAGUUCUCGGCCUUCCCGAGCCUGCGGUUUAACUCCCAAAAUCGAGAUUUGUACAAUGAAAAUUGGCGGAGACGUUCUUGGUCUCUUCUCAGGCCUCUGUGUAACCUGACGCCACCCUGGCUGAAGGUCAGGAACCCAAAUAAUGCCACGUUUUUAAAUCAAUAAAAACCAGCUGUGUU